AUGCCUCUCUUCAUUCUCGCCGAGACCAGUGCCGGCUACGGUCUGUUCAAGGCCAAGGACAAGAAGCUCCUCGAACGAGAUGGCCUUGCUUCAAGGUUGGACACUGCCGAGAAGAUCAACGAAGAGCUCAAGCUCAAAGAAUUUGCGAAAUGGGACAGUGCCGCAGCAGCUCUCGCCGAAAUCAGCGGCAUUCUUGAGGGCAAGGUGCCGCCUCUGCUAGCGGGCCUGAUGGAGAAGAUCAAGGACGAGAAGAAGGCAUCAUUGGCUGUCGCCGACAAGACUCUGGGCUCUGCUCUGCAGAAACUGCCUGGCUUCAACAUUACCGCUGUUGCCGCCGCUCCUGGCUCUGAGGCUGGCGAGCUCUACCGUGGAAUCCGUGCUCAUCUCGCCGAGCUCAUCCCUGGUAUCCUGCCCGAGGGUUUCAAGACCAUGUCCCUCGGUCUCUCCCACUCUCUCUCCCGACACAAGCUCAAGUUCUCAGCCGACAAGGUCGAUGUGAUGAUCAUUCAGGCGAUUUCUCUGCUAGAUGACCUCGACAAGGAACUCAACACCUACGCAAUGAGGGUCAAGGAGUGGUAUGGCUGGCACUUCCCAGAGCUGGGCAAGAUCCUGAACGACAACCUCGCCUACGCCAGGGUCAUCCUCGCCGUUGGCAUGCGUGAGAAGAUCUCCGAGACGGAUCUGUCGGACAUUCUGCCCGAGGAGAUCGAGACCGCCGUCAAGGCUGCGGCAGAGGUCAGCAUGGGUACCGAGAUCACUGAGGAGGACCUCGAGAACAUCACCCUGCUUGCUGAGCAGGUCGUCGCCUACACUGAGUACCGAGCACAGUUGUCAAGCUAUCUGGAUGCGCGUAUGAAGGCCAUUGCACCCAACCUGACCGAGCUUGUCGGCUAUCUGGUUGGUGCUCGUCUCAUCGCACACACUGGCUCUCUUAUGAACCUGGCCAAGAGCCCUGGUUCCACCAUCCAAAUUCUUGGUGCCGAGAAGGCUCUCUUCCGCGCACUCAAGACCAAGCACGCUACUCCCAAGUAUGGUCUCAUCUACCACUCGUCUCUUGUCGGACAAGCCACUGGCAAGAACAAGGGCAAGAUUGCUCGUCAGUUGUCGGCCAAGGCUGCUCUCGGUAUCCGCGUCGACGCGCUUGAGGACUACGGCGAUCGGGAGGAUGUUGAUGAUGAGGAGCGGUCUGCAUUGGGCCUGGCCUCGCGGAUAAAGCUUGAGAACAACCUCCGACGACUUGAGGGCAAGCCCCUGCUGCCGAAGGGUGUUGCUGUUGCACCCAACGGUCAAGCCACCGCCGCGCCAAACAAGUGGGACGUCAAGGAGGCGAGCAAGUACAACAUCGACGCUGAUGGUCUGGGUGGCGACGAGCCUGCUGCCACUGACAAGGCCAAGUCGAAGAAGGACAAGAAGUCGAAGAAGGAGAAGAAGAAGGCUGCAGACUCUGACGAUGAGAUGGAGAAUGGUGCUGAGGAUGAGGAUGAGGACGUCUCGAUGCAAAACGGAACGAGUGGCAAACUAACUGAGGCCGAUUAUGAACGCCUGGCAAACCUUGCCGGUAUCUCGGUUUCCAAGUUCAAGAGGAAGUACGAGCGUGGCGACGUCGAGCUGGACGCUGCUGGCAACCCCGUCGUGCACAGCAAGAAGGAGAUCAAGAAGAUGCGCAAGGCCGAGGAGGACAAGAGCUCAAGCAGCAAGCGCAAGCGCGACGAGGACAGCGAGAAGCCCAAGAAGAAGAAGAAGAAGACCGACGCAUGA